CAUGGCUCCAGAGUAUGGUUGUGCAGGAAUAGUAUCCAGCAUGGGAGAUGUAUACAGCUUUGGGAUUCUACUAAUGGAAGUAUUCACAAGAAAGAAGCCCACAGAUGAAAUGUUCCAAGGAGACUUCACCAUAAGGAGAUGGGUGUGUGAUUCAUUACCUGAUGCAAUAAUGGAGAUUGUUGACUCAAAUUUAGUGACAGGAGAAGAAGGUGCAGGGCAAGAAAUAGAAGAGUGCUUCUUGAUGGUGAUGGGAUUAGCUAUGGAAUGCACAUCUGAUUUUCCAGAGGAGAGGAUCAGCAUGGAAGAUGCCAUAGUAAGACUGAAGCAUACACAGCAAAAGUUCAACCAAAAUGUCUCUAUAAGUUUAGUAAUAAACUAGUUUGCAUGCUUUGAAAUAAUGUUGCUCAUGUUUUCACUGUUAAUGAAGGACAGUAGAGUGGAGAU